AACUUUUGCCCAGUGCAUGCGGGACGUCGGCUGAACACGAAAUUGAAAGCCUUAUGGAUAAGAACCAUUUGAUAACCUUGGAGGAUAACUAUAAAUUUAUAACUGAAGAGGAAUUAUCUCAGAGAAUUGAAAGUUUUAAAUCUGCCAUAGGUAACGCGUCACCUUCACCCAUACUAUCCUUAUUUGCAGAAGAAAUUAAUGAAAACGACAUAUGUGAAAUGCGCGCAUUUGCUCGAGACGUCGAUAACUUCUUUAAAGAGCAUUUACGCGACCUCUCAGGGUUGGAUCAAUCCGAAGAGUUCACUCAGCAACGUAUCAUACAGCAGAUUGAAGAUAAUGAUAUCUCAAUCCAUGAUCUUUGGCGGGAAUUAGUUAUUCUUGCAAAGUUCAUGGACUCGGAGAACGCCUACCAAACUUGGGCAACAGAAGGAGAGACUAUGCAAAUGUUAGAUGGAUUAUCGCUCCGAGCGCUCGAUCCUAACUUUUUAUCAAAGGUCCUAGCAUCAAGAAUGACGGAUCCAAACCGUCAACAACUUGCCAUUUCUGUUAUCGGCUUAGAGUGCUCAGGCAAGUCUACCUUGUUGAAUUACCUCUUCAAAUGCGGUUUUUCGACUUCGGUUGGACGAUG